AUGCGGAAUGGAUACUCUUGCGCUCCACUUCACGGAGGAAUUGACCAGUUUGAUAGAGACUCUACAAUAACGGAUUUUAAGUCUGGCAACAUAAAGAUAUUGGUUGCCACUUCUGUUGCUGCACGCGGUCUCGAUGUCAAGAAUCUUAUAUUAGUCGUGAAUUACGAUUGUCCUAACCAUUAUGAAGACUACGUGCAUAGGGUUGGACGUACUGGACGAGCCGGUAACAAAGGUUAUGCGUAUACCUUCAUCCUUCCAGAACAUCAGGAGCGUAUGGCUGGAGAAGUGUGUCGAGCAUUCGAGACUGCAGGUGCUAAACCUCCAGCCGAACUCAAAGCAAUGUUUGAGAAGUUCAAAGCAGAGAUGGCAGCGCAAGGAAAAGAGGUCCAUUUGGGAGGAAAAGGGUUUGUGGCCUUUAGAUAUGAAUACUGAUU